CUGUUUCCCUCCCAAUUCCAUUCCAUUCUCCCUUUUCUUCCUCCCACGCGUCUCCCUGUCCCUGCCUCGGAGUCGGAGGCUUCCUUUCUCUGCGAUCAACCAAUCCAAAUCCAAAUUCUCUGCGGAUCCCGCGUCUCUGCUCAGCUGCUCCAGAGUUGGGGGCCCAUUCUCUUCUUGUUACACGCUUCUUGUAGAGAGAAUAUUCAGUGGGACCUUCGUGCUUUAACAUUCUGAGUUUCAGCAGCUCCUGGUGUGAUGAAAUCCAAUCUUGCCCAUUCAAGCAGUAUUCCUCGAUCAUGCUUGCACGUAGGUGGCAAUUGGCUAGCUCAACCAACGGGAUCCGCUCAGACUUAUGGUGAUAUAAAUUGAGUAGCAGAAUUGUUUUCUUCUUUGUGAUGAGAUGAGGAGGCCAUUUAUUAUAGUUCUCGUCCUAACGAGGGAUAUCUUUCGCCUUUGCAUGGGCAAAAGACUUAAUAAGAGAAAAUUCUUUAUCAUCGUGGCCGUCGUGACUAUAUGUGGCAUGGUGCUUCCGACCCUUAUAUUUCCCCAUCCUCUGAACAUUUGGUUCCUCUAUCCACCUAUAGUUGCUUCAUCAGAUAAUUCCUUGACUAGCAAUAUACAUUUGAGAGUGGAACAGACUGUGGCAAGGUUUGAGCAAACACAGAAUGUUCCGGCUGCCCCUGUUGCUUCUGUGAACUCUUCAAUUCAGACAAAUCAAUCUGCGUUAGUGGAGGAGAAAAGACGAAAAAAGAAGCGGAAAAGGAAGCAUGGCAGGAUGGCGCAAAAGAUUUUAUCUCCUCCUCCUCCCCCUCCUCGUAGAAUCGUGCCUGCUUCUUUGCAGAGAUAUAUCUGGUCUCUGCCACCGAAUGAGCAACUUGUGUAUGCUAAAAAGGAGAUUGCAAAUGCUUCAACAGUUAUCGAUGAUCCUGAUAUCUAUGCUCCACUAUUCAAGAAUGUCUCCGUAUUCAAAAGGAGCUAUGAAUUGAUGGAAAUGAUACUCAAAGUUUACAUUUACAAAGAUGGUAAAAGGCCCAUUUUCCAUGUGCCCCACCUCAUGGGAAUUUAUGCAUCCGAAGGAUGGUUCAUGAAACUAAUGGAGGAGAAUCGGUGGUUUCCGACCAAGGACCCGGAGAAAGCUCACCUAUUUUAUCUGCCUUAUAGUGCACGCCAGUUGGAGCUGGCCAUAUACUUACCUGGCUCGCAUAACCUGAGACCGUUAUCUAUCUAUUUGAGAGAUCACGUGAACUAUCUUGCAGCCAAGUAUCCUUUCUGGAACAGGACACAUGGGUCAGACCACUUCCUCGUUGCUUGCCAUGACUGGGGCCCUUACACGACGACUGCACACGAGGAGCUGGCCCGAAACACGAUAAAAGCUUUAUGCAAUGCUGAUCUAUCGGAAGGAAUUUUCAAAGCUGGAAAGGAUGUUUCUCUCCCUGAGACUACCAUAAGGAACCCAAGGAAACCUCUGAGGUACAUAGGCGGUUUAAGGGUGUCACAGCGCCCGAUCCUUUCGUUCUUCGCUGGAAACAUGCAUGGUAGGGUCCGCCCGACACUUCUCCGGUACUGGCAGGACAAGGACGACGAUAUGAGAGUAUACGGUCCUCUACCAAACAGGGUCUCCCGAAAGAUGUCUUAUGUCCAGCACAUGAAAUCUAGUAAAUACUGCCUAUGCCCCAUGGGUUAUGAAGUUAACAGCCCGAGAAUAGUCGAGGCCAUAUAUUAUGAGUGUGUUCCAGUUAUUAUUGCAGAUAAUUUCGUUCCUCCAUUGAGUGAGGUCUUCGAUUGGAGUUCUUUCUCAGUUAUUUUGGCAGAAAAGGAUAUUCCAAAUCUAAAGGACAUUUUAUCUGCCAUUCCAUUGAGGAGGUACCUUAAGAUGCAAACUAAUGUCAAGAUGGUGCAGAAGCACUUCCUCUGGAACCCGAGACCUGUCAGAUACGAUUUGUUCCACAUGAUCCUGCAUUCUAUUUGGUUUAACCGGUUGAAUCAGAUCGAAGUCCCACCUGCACAGUGAUUCUUGCUCCCCCAAGUGGAAUCAAUGAAGAUUCAAGACGGACAGCUCGGAUGACUGGGAGGGGACAAAGGAUCUCAAGAGUAGCAGUCAUAUGGUAAAUUUGUCAAAUCAAUGGGGCCACAUUGCCAAGGUUUGAGGGAUGGACAAUCAGCAUUUAUUGCAUUAAUUCGACGUCACGUGAAGCUUUGAAUCGAGCACCAAGAUUUCACGCAUCGGAGGAAGGGAGGGCUCCAAGACAGGGAUUCCCGAACCAGGAGAAGAAAAUAUCAAAAAGGAGCUGAGCUUUUCCCCGCCGUAACUCCAGUCGUCCAAAAGGGAAUGGAAAGGUUGAUACGCGGAGGUAUUCAAUCCCGAAACCGAGAAGUCUUUGCGAAAAACUGUUCUUUAUAUUCCUGCGUGAAUCUCCUCGUACAGCAAAAAGUUGAUAUUCUGUUUCGGGUCAUAGUGAGAUCACUCAUAAGACAAGAAUUACCGGCUGCUGAAUUUUAAUCAUCUGUGCUGUGGUAUGUGUCGCUGUUAUGCAUAUGAUUUUCACAUCAUUGGCCCUACUUUCCUUUCACUUGGCCUGCACCUUACCUUCUUCUUCUUCUUCUUCUUCUUUCCCAUUCCCCACAUCAUUGGCCCCACUUUCCUUCACUAGGCCUCCACCUUACCUUCUCCUUGUUCUUUCCCAUUCCCAGCGAACGAACAACAAUGUCGUCUGUUCUGUGCAUUAUUAUUUAUUUUUUUAAUGCUCCAUAGGCAUAUAUUAUUUUCUUGUGGUA